CCCUACCCCUCCCCUCCCCGCCUCACCCCUCGCCUAGCUGGGCAGCCUAUUUUGGGAGCAGGAGUGGCCAGUCCCUGGCUUCCCAGGCAGGCCAAACCUAAGAGAAAUGCAGACAAUGGCAUCUCUCGACCACAUCUUGGUUCUCUGUGUGAGUCUCCUGGCCAUGGCUAGAGCAGAAGCUCCACAGGAACAUGACCCAUUCACCUACGUAUCUUGCGGCCCAUCCUCUGCUGCUUCCUGCCCUUUCUCCUCUCCCUGUCCCCCUCAUCCUCUCCACCAUCCUUCCGGCUCCCUUGUUCCCUACUCCUCCCUGCACUGCCCACCUCCUUCCCUUCCUUCACUCUCCUCUUCCUGAUCCAUCGCCUCCGUCCUCCCAUAUCUGCUCCUUUCUGAUUGAUCUUCUUUCUCCUCUCCUCCUACCCAUCCUUCCUCCUUGCUCCCUCCUCCCCAUUUUGCCCUUCUCUUAUCCUUCUUCCUCC